AUCUGGAAUCUGAUCCGUUGGAAGCAGUUGAGGUCGGGCUUUCUUCCUUUCCUUAUCUCCACUUUACCCGCCAUCGCCUCACUCGGACUCGGACUCGGACUCGGAGCCUCUGCCCGAUCCGAUCCUACCUGAGUUAUCUGAGUGCAAUGGCGUUGCUGGGCCAGCAGCAGCUGCAGAGAUUCCUAUUCAGCAGCUGUAGCGCAAAUCCCAAUUCCACCGCAAGAACGAGGAGGCAGAGGAACCGCUGCUGCUCGGCUAUCGCGAUCGACGUUCCGUCAUCAGCCGGAACGGCGGGGAUCCGAUGGGGAUCGAGCCGUCUGCAGGGCCCGCGGGAGGAGAUGGAGGACGAUGUUGUCCUCCGAUCAGACGGCCUCGAUGGAUUCUCCUUUGCUGCCGUCUUCGAUGGCCACGCCGGAUUCUCGUCCGUCGAAUUUCUCAGGGAUGAGCUAUAUAAAGAGUGCGUUACAACUUUACAAGGCGGAUCGCUACUUAGUAGCAGAGACUCCAACACCAUAAGAGAGGCAAUAAAGAAGGCUUUUGCAAAUGCUGAUGCAAAAUUGUUGAAUUGGCUUGAAGAGACGGGGAAGGACAUUGAAUCUGGUUCAACAGCCACUGUUAUGUUCAUAGGCAACGACAUGCUUAUAAUUUCACAUGUCGGUGACUCAUGCGUGGUUAUGUCCCGUUCAGGGAAAGUAGAAGUCUUGACCAAUCCACAUCGACCUUAUGGAAACAACAGAGUUUCUCUUCAAGAAAUCAGGCGGAUCAGAGAAGCAGGUGGCUGGAUAGUUAAUGGACGGAUUUGCGGUGACAUCUCUGUAUCCCGUGCUUUUGGGGACAUGCGAUUCAAGACGAAGAAAACUGAAAUGUUGGAGAAAGGAGUUGAGGAGGGAAGAUGGACAAAAAAGCUUAUUUCUCGAGUGCAAUUCAAAGGGGAUUUGGUUACUGCCUCUCCAGAUAUUUACCAAGUAGCCCUUGGAUCUGAUGCAGAAUUUAUAUUACUAGCAUCUGAUGGCCUUUGGGAUUACAUGAACAGUUCAGAUGCAGUAACAUUUGUUAGGAAUCAACUCCGCCAACAUGGUGAUGUACAGCUAGCCUGUGAAGCACUUGCUCGUGCUGCUUUGGACCGACGCUCCCAAGACAACGUUAGCAUCGUCAUAGCUGAUUUGGGAAAGACCCAAUUUCUGGGCCACAGGACAUACAUGUAGAGCCUACCUGAUCAACGGCCAGAACUCUAACAAGCCUGCCAGAUAGGCAAGUGCACCAAUUAUGACGGCUCUUGAACUUACGUAAUCACCACAAAUAAUGAUUGUGAGCUUUGGAAUUUGGAUUGCUGUAAAUCUGUUCUUCCAUCCCAACAAACUGCGAUUCAUCUUGUUCUGCUCUCUACUUAUUCCUAACCAUUGAGCAGAUCCAAAUGCUUUUAUGCAGUUAGCCCUGAUUUUGUGUUGUAUUUUCUUUUUACUCACUUUGUUCUCUUUUGGAUU